AUGGGCAGGAGUCCCGGGGUGGCGGCCGCGCUGUUCUACGGGGCGGUGGCGGCGCUGGUGCUGCUGGGGGUGCGGGACGUGCUGUUCGUGUACGAGGAGAACCGGUGCAGCAUGACCUACAUGUACGAGUACCCCGAGUACCUGAAAAUAAAACUACCUACGAAAAUAUCCAGACGUUUUCCAGCCUAUGAGCUCUAUCUCUAUGGGGAAGGGAAUUACGCUGAAGAAAACAAAAAUCUGAUAUUGACAGGGAUUCCAGUUCUCUUCCUUCCUGGGAAUGCUGGGAGUUAUAAACAAGUACGUUCUCUUGGCUCUAUAGCACUUAGAAAAGCAGAAGACAUUGACUUCAAGUACCAUUUCAAUUUCUUCACUGUCAAUUUUAAUGAGGAGCUGGUUGCACUAUAUGGUGGUAGUCUGCAAAGACAAACCAGAUUUGUGCAUGAGUGCAUUAAAGUAAUUCUUAAGCUGUACAAGGUAAGACGUGAGGAUCAAGAAUUUGCUCCAAGCAGUGUUGCAAUAGUAGGUCAUUCCAUGGGUGGUCUUGUUGCAAGAGCAUUGCUCACUCUAAAGAAUUUUAAGCCUGAAUUUAUAAACCUCCUCAUUACACAAGCCACACCUCAUGUUGCACCUGUAAUGCCUUUAGACAAAUAUCUUACUGAUUUUUAUACAGCUGUAAACAAUCAUUGGAUUUUAAAGGCCCAAGAUGUAAGAAAUCUAACUACCCUUUCUGUGGCCGGAGGAUUCAGAGAUUACCAAGUUCGUUCAGGACUCGCUUUUCUACCCAGAUUAAGUCAACAUAGCAGUGCCUUAUUUGUUGUGAGCUCAGCAGUGCCUAGAACUUGGGCCUCAACAGACCACCUCUCCAUAGUAUGGUGUAAAGAAUUGGUCUUGGCUACCAUUAGGGCAUUUUUUGAUCUUAUUGAUGAAACCACCAAACAGAUAACUGAGGAUCCAAAGAAGAGAAUGUUAGUAUUGAAUCAUCACUUUGUGAGGCACCCAGCAAAGUUCUUUGAGGAAGGUCCUGAAACACUUACUGAACUUAAAGGAAGUUUGAUUUGGAUUAAAAUCAAAUCCUCAAAAUGGACCUAUACAGUUUAUAAUGAAUCUGAUGGAAAAUAUUUCAUGUUUCCUCUUUCAAACCACAGAAAAACCUACAGUCAUGUCCACUGUCGAAACAGUAUGUUGGGUACAAGUAGCUGGAUUUAUGGCUGUUUAAACAGUAGUUCAUCUGUGUGCCUGGAAGGUUUUGAUUUAUCCUGGAAAGCUGAGUUACUGCCAACUGUUAAGGUUGUAACUCUGAAACUUCAGGAAUAUUCUUCUUUGUCUAAUCUUGUAAUUUAUGUACCAGCUAUUAAUGGCAAUAAGUUUACUUUGGACUGUGAAUUCUUUAAAGAGGAUUCCCGAACAGUACAACUUCCUGUAACACAUCUUUUUUCUUUUGGGCUUUCUUCAAGCAAAAUUGUAUUCAGUUCAGCUGGUCUAAUUUACAAUGUACAGCUCCAACACUUUUGCCAGAUAUACCAAGCUUUUAAAAUCUACAUUGAGAGCCACUGCAACCCACACAAAGGAAGGAAAACGAGUGUUUACAGACUCCAUGUACCAUGGUCACAUGAAGACUCAAUAACUGUCUCUAAAGUUCCAUCUUUUACUGAGAUUUCUGCAAAACUGCACAUUGCACAACCUGAAAAUGACAGCACUGUUGCGGUAUUAAAUAUUUAUUCAUCUGUAGAUUGUCAAUAUGAAGUAACCAUCAAGACCUCAUUCUCACAAGUUCUUGGACAAGUAAUAAGGUUUCAUGGUGGUUCCCUUCCUGUGUAUGUUAUUUCUAAUAUGCUUCUUGCAUAUGGAGGACAGUUAAGCGCCUUAAUUUCAACAGGCCAAUGUUCAGAUUUUGUUCUUGCACUGUCUAGAGCAGCCAAACCCUACAAAGUGGACCCUAUUGUGAAUGUUGUUAAAUUUCUAUUGGGGUUUAACUGGUUUAAAGAUAUAUGGAAUGUAUUGUUUUUGCCAGAGUUGGAUGCUAUUUUACUGAAUAAGCAGGAUAUGUGGGACCCCCUUGUGUCCCUGAUUCUAUUUCUUUUUGGGACAGGAAUUGCCUACUGGGGUGGCAUACUCUUCUCUUCAUCUCUAAGGCUCUUGUCUUCAUUGUGGUUAUCUUUGACAAGACCCUCUGGACUUCCUAAAGACAGCAAGUUGAUGACACCAAGAAGUGCAUUUAUGGCCAUUCUUCUGAUUUUUGUUAGCUGUACCACUUGUGGGGCAUUUGCUGUAUUAAUUAUCUAUAUUCACUACAUGUUCAAGGUUAUUAAGCUACAUUCGAAUGUAAGAACAGAGCAAAAUGUUCUUAAUAUGGAUCCAAAACACGCAAAAGAAACUUCAGAUAAUUCCAAUAAAGAGACAGUAAAGAACUGUGACUCAACAGAGACCAUUACAGAAGCAGCAGCAGCGUCACCCACCACCAAUAGAGCUAUUGACAAUGUUGUAAACAGUCUUAAGAUACAUAUUACAAUCAUCAAUUUACUUACAUGGAUUGUGCUUCUCAGUUUACCGUCUUUAAUUUAUUGGUUUAAAAAUCUCAGGUACAAUAUUAGACUUGAUCCUGAUCCAUGCAGAACUAUGGCUAUUAUUCUUGUAUCCACUUUGGGAAUUCUCAUGAAUUCAAGUACUACUAAAGUAAAAUCAAGAUGAACAGCCUUAAUGAGGAACAGGUAACUUCUUUAAAUGAAAAUCUCUAACCCUUAAUAUCAAUACAUCCUUCUUCAAAUCAGGUUCAAGUAAAAUCAUCCUUCUUGCACAACUUUGACUCCUUCUAUUUGCUUUGCAGUUACAAAAAUGGUAAACUGUUUUUCUCUCUUCUCACAGUAAACUGUCGAAAAUUGCAGCGCAACUUCCUCUCCCUUUGUCAGCAGCUGUGGUGGCCUUUGGACCAAUGCAUUUAUACAGAGCACCAUACUUUGUAAUCUGUUCUCUUCUUCUACAUAUGUUAUGUUGUAUUGUGUAAAUCUUUAGUUUCCCAAAUGAAAUCGGAAAAGCAGUGUGACCCAGAAAUGGAUGCUGCAAAAAAAGUCAAGUUGAACAAAGAAAUGUCCAGAUCAAUGUAACCGCUAAUGAACAUCAUUUGGAGUAGAUGACAGAAUUGUGACCACUUCUUGUGAAGUUUGGGGUGUUUGGGAAAUCUCAGAAACAUGCUCGUGGUGUUAGUGUACUAAUCUUAUAAAAUUGAUGGGAGAAUUGCAAUAUUUCUCUGGACACAAAAAUCUCUUUUCUUAUUAGCAUAACACUUCAGUGUUCUAGAUUUCAGUAGGCAGACCAUUCUGUGUCCACACUGCAGACAUUUUGAUAUUUCUGUUGACACUUGGUUUUCUGUUGAAACACGUUUACCCUGCUGUGUAUAUGUAUUGAACCUAUGUCUUGUUCUUGAGUUUUAAAAUGUGAUGGGUAAAAUUCACAAAUGAUUGAAAGUGCAUCACAAAACUAAAUAGCCAAGAAUACUUUUAAUCAUUUUAUGCCACACUAACAAGCUGUCACAACUUUCUUUUUUCUUGUAUCUAAACAAACUAGAAUGUAUUGUGUCUACUGAUCGGUUAUUUCUAACAAAUCAAACAUUUUUAUCAGUGUCUGUGGCACAUUUGUGUGAUUAUUGAAACUGUUGGUGGCUUAUAAACUUUAACUUUUGUAAGAGUGAUAAAACUAUGUCUACUCUAUGUUGCUUUCUAUUCAGGAAGGAUAUCAUAGAUUCAUACACAAUUUCUGUAAUGUUGUUUUAAAACAGUGACAAAUUCUGAAGAAAACCUGUGCCAGAAUUUUAGUAAUAGUGGGAAAUACUGACCAUAAUAAUCAAUUCUGUAAAGUAGCAUCUUAUUGCCUCGAUCCUACAGUGACUGGCAUUAUUAAAAUACCUAAGACAGACAUCUGUAAUGUAUGGCAAAUCUCUCCCUUGGUACUGUACAAGUGUUUUAAAACAAAACAAACAAAAUUGUGUCCAUCAAGCUAAAAUUAUCUAUAAUCCUUGUAAAUCUGAUUGGUUGAUUCUAAACAGAGAUGGACUGCCUACUCAUUUCUGUGUAUCUUAUCUAUCUCUAGUAUUUCUGAGGCACCUAUCACCUUAAUAUCAAAGCACUGAUCCUAUCUGAUAGCUCUUUUUUUUUUUUUUUUGGAUCAUCUCUUCUUAUGAAUAGGUUGAGGAAAUCCAGUACCAACAGUCAAGUUACAUCAUAUGCUCCGUACAGCAGUAGAGCGUAAACCCAUUUGUUCUAUUGUAUUGCAUCAUUCUUGCCUGAAGUGCCUCAGUUAAUUCUGGCUUGUUUUUAAGAGUCUUUUAGUUAAGCUGGCUGGGAACUCUAAGUUUAUGCAAUGACUUUCCAAACUGAAAGUGUGAGGUGACAUGACAAUAUGCUGGUUUUCUAAUCUUAACAUUUAUAUAAUGCUAGGCCAUUCAUAGUUUUUGUAAAUCAGAAAAGGUCUUUGGACAAAAAACACUCUGAAAUUUGAUUUCUACCCAAAUGUAUGUAUAUGACACAAACACUCCUAGUAUGCUGUGUGUAUUUGUAGCCAAAUUCUGCAGUUCUUUAUCGUAAAACCUCAUAUUCAGAUACAGAGUAGAGUAACAAUAUUUCUAGUUUCUAUUCUAAUAUUUCUAGUGUAAUGAGAGAGAGAGUAGCAGAGCCAUGUAGAGUUUUCUGUAAGCCAUUACAAUCAAGUGAAAGCUACUUAUCCUAGGUUGGUCUUCAUUGCUGCAUAUUGUACUGUUUCUAGCAUCCCCAGGCCUGAUUUUUGCUACUCUGACCCCUGAGUAGUACUUUAUUCUGCAAAUAGAUCCAUUUACACUGUUGCAGUGGUUAGAUAUCCUCACUGUUAAAUAUUUACUUCCUGUUUGAACUUUGCCCAUUUAGCUUCCAGCACUAUCUUUAUGAUGUCCUGGUUUGCUAAAUAAGACCCCCCCCCCCUUACUAUCAGCGGGGUGUGUGUAAAUUUUUGCGCACUAAAAUUAAAUUGCCUCUUAACUUCCUUUUGAAUGAGAUAGUAAAUGAGUUCAAUUUAUUUCUCUUAUUGUAAAAUGAGUUUUCCAGGCCACAAAUCAUUCUUGUUGCUGUUCUUCAAAUCCCCUCUAGUUUUUUAAAACCCUUUUUAAAGUAUGGACACCAGAAUUGGCCACAGUAUUUCAGCAAUGGUCAAAUCACCUCCCUCCCUGUUCGUAAAACACUUCUGUGAAUGAGGGGAAUAAAACGUGUCUUUAGGCUUAUUUCUGUUGAUUAUGGCCUUCUGUGGGUACAUAUGAAAUUUUUAUUUUAUAAACUGCCAUCUACAUAGCAUAUAUUAAGACGUUAUGAAAAUUAGAAUAAAAUGUUACCCUAUUUUAAGUAAACUAUUUAUUAAAUAGCAAGUAUAGAAAUGUAUUUUUACUGCUUUGUAGGACCUAACAUACCAUCUGUCUCAAAAUGAGAACUGAUGGAAGUCAAACCCAGAAUAUUACUGUGUUUUCCUAAGACAAACAUCUGAGCUGUUGCUAUCCCAAACCACCGUCAUAGGGUAUGGAUGGAAUACCUUUCACGUUAGGUAGAAAUUAUACAACUCUUGCAUUUAUUAAUGGUGUAGUUUAUAUAGCAAUGUUGUUUUAGCCAUGUUGGUACAAGGGAUUAGAGAGACAAGGUGGUGAACUAUUAUCUUUUAUUGGACCAAUUUUUGUUGGUGAAAGAGACAAGCUUUCAAGCUCCACAGCUAAAUCAGCUGUGACACUCUGAAUACCUUUCCCAGACCUGAAGAACAACUCUGUGUAGCUCGAAAGCUUGUCUCUUUCACCAACAGAAGUUGGUCCAGUAAAAAGACAAUACCUUAUCUACCUCGUCUCUCUCUAGUUUAUGUAGAGCAUUACCUUUUCUCAGAUGAGAUGAUGAUACUCUUAGGAUUCUCACACAGCAGUCUCAGGCUGAGUGUGUUUUACAGAAUUGUUAAAAUCUUUGGUCUAGAUUUUCAAAAGUGACCAAUGAUUUUUGUAUGACCAACCUGGAAUUCCUUUUUGGGACUUAAUUUUUUCAGACUGUGCUGAGCACUGACCCUCUGCAAAUCAGGCCCUUUUAGAGUUGUGUACAUAUAUAUGUUUGUUUCUAUUAAUGCAGGUUUAAUUUUGCUUGUCUCUCUUGUUUUCUAAAGAAAGAAAAGACACAGUUUCAUAAGGUAUAAAGAAUACACUUUUUAUUAAAUUUCAGUUUAUUUUUCUGUUAAAGAUCCUAUGGGUUGGAUUGAGAGUCCUUAUAUUUAAAACGGGAAUGGGGUAGAACCAAUAAUCUUUUAAACCAGCACAGAUGUAAGUGAACCCUCUGUGAAUAAUGGUAAACAUACCUAUGAUACCUUAUUAAUAUAUUGUGUUCCAACAUUUAUGAAACAAUUCUGAGAGACGGCAUGUGGAAUAUGUUUUAAACAUGUUCAUUGGAUUCAGUUUCCAGUUUAUUCUUGUAAUUUAGCCAACAUUCGCCGCCUCUGUGCUCGGAGGAGAGAAAGCAGUCUGAAAACAGCAUUAUCUUGUGAUAUUUUAGGGGCAGUCUCCCUUUUCAAGGUGAAGAUGGCUGUUGACAUAUAGGGGAAUUGGGACCACGGAAUUAGCCCCCAUCACAGGAAAAUAGUGUCCUGCAAAUUUAAUGGACUAGGGACUCUCGCUGCUUUGAGAACAGGUCACUCAGGAGCCAUGCUGUCUUCUAACUUCUGUUCCCCGUCUCUGGUGGGAAUAAAAGCUGCAUGGAGGGUAUUAAUAUUGCAAUAUUAUUUGCUUGCACGUUUCCAAAUAGAUCUGUCAGAUUUGGAUGGGUGCAUGCCACGUAGAGAGCAAAUGUUCCUUAGCUGAACUUCAAAAUCCAUUCAGUUUAAGAAUUCUUAAGUGUGCUUUUUGGCUUGUUUUUAUAAGCUUUCAGAAACAAAAUCGAAACCAGGACAGGAACCCAGGAAUAAAAUUAAGUAACUUCAGUUAAAAUACAGUAGAAUCAAUAUUUUGCAAAUGGGCUAUAACUAGAACUUUUUAGUAAGGUGUCCCCAGAAUAAAGCCCAGUAUCCUCAACUGUUCUUGACUUGAUGCGUAUUGUCUUUCUUGUCACUGUGACCAAGCAUGCAGGUAUUUUCUGCACUGUCUUCUCAUCCUGCAAUAAUUAGUAUCUGCUCUGUAGCUUCCAAUUCAUCAUGUGACCAUAAUGUGUGAUGAUAGAAAGGAGAACUCAUACGACUUUGGUUGUUAGCUGGGUCUUUUCAAACCAAUGUAUCUCAAAAUUGAAUGAAUAUUGACCACAAGGGGUGGUAUCAUAUUUAUUCAAAACAAAACUGGACUUCUGCAAGCUAGGUAUCAGCAUCAUCCUAAAUAGGGCUUGGGGUGGGGGGGGUGUGUGUGUGGAGGGUUAUUUUAAAAAUAAUUGUGGUAACUGGAGUUUCAUUUAGAAUUAUUUUUAAUAUUCAGCACAGUGAUAAUAAUUUUUAUCAUUUAGGGAGCUGAUUUAAAUAGCAAGCUAUUGCACAUUGCAAAAUGAAUGGUAUAGUAAUACAGGACUGAGAAAUAAACUAAAAAAUAUUCUAUCUAUAACACAGUAGGAGAAAUUGGGAGUGCUAUGUGAUUACAUAUAAUGGAGCAUCUGCAUGGAACAAAACAAAAUGUAAGUUAACCCAGCCAGGCUACAGAUGAGCAGUCAUAUUAAAAGUUGCUGUUGAACAAAAAUCACAGUCUUGAUAAUAACAUGAAUCAGAUUUAUAUAUUUUAUUUAAGGGUUUAAAAAGUUACUGCUUUUAUCAGUACCAUUCUUGAUACAAAGUCUGUUUUUUCUGUCCCAUUGCCAGUAAUAAACACCUCAAAUACCAAGUGACAAUUAAUUUAUUAUAUUUAAUAGCUUUUGCUAUGUCUGCUUUCUAGUUUUUGACAGGAGAGUAUAAAUACAGUUCUAGUGUCUGUGAACAGAUUUAAACAUUAAUGGAAAACAUAACUGAUGAUCAGAUGUCUUUCAGUAAAAUGAUGAGAGAUUACUUGCAUAUUUGGACCUCAGUCUUGCUUGUGAUGAGAGAAAAGAGAGUAGCCAUUUUAUAGACAUUAAAUCCUGCAGCUUAAUAGAACUGCAGUGUGCUUUUUUGAGUGUGUAUUUAUAUAAUAAUGCUUCUGCUAUUAUAAAUUGUUAAACUACUAGAGAACUGUUAACCACAAAACAGCCUAAAAUCUUGAAAUUCAUUUUAUAUUUCAUGUUAAAUGUUCGACAUUUGUUCAGUUUUAGUGUUAGACUUUUUACAUCCCAUUUUGGAAAAUAAGUGAGCUAGUUUUUACAACACUUAGCACUGUGUUGUGAACUGUUUAAAAAAUGUUCAUUACCUUAGCAAAACAGGCACAUUUGCCACCAAAGCUGUAUAUAACUGUUACAUACCUCUGGAUGUUUGUGCCAAUGAUCUACAUUUAAAAGACAAAUCCAUACUGGACUAAAUAAAAUCAAGUUUUUCUACUUAAUUUUUUUUAAAAAACCUGGAACUUUAAGCUAGCAUUCAAAAUGAAUAAGUAUUUAAAAUCUAUACAAGUUUCUUUGAAAACCUUUUAGAAUGGUAGUACUUUGAUAUAUUUUCUUAAUAAUGAAAGAAUGCAAAUCAAAGUUCUUAAUUUAAAGAGUUCUAUGUGUUUUAAAGUUAAACUAAAUAAAAAGUAUAAAUUUGUACCUUGGAAAACCCUUACUACAGUAUUUCUGUGUUUUCUAAUAAUUUUUAAAUUACUUUAGAAAAAAUUCAGCAGCCUUUCUUUAGUCAGGCAAAUCUGCCUAGGCCCCCAAUUCUGCAAGCUACUUAAGCAUGUGCCUACCAGAAUUGAGGUCUAAGUAAGAACUGUGAUAUUUGGCCCUUUAUUUGGAUUCAGAUUUAUGGCUUGAUCCUGCAAACCCUUACAUAGGUAGUCCUGACGCAUGAGUAAUCCCACUUUACACUCUGAUCUUGCAAGCAUGUCUGCAUGGGCACAAGGCUGGACUGUGUGGAGCUUCUUGCAGGAUCAGGACCAUAGUCUAUAAGGGCUUAUGUCAGUAAAGGUUUGCAGUAUCAUUCCCUAACCCUAAGGCAUAUUUGUGCACACACUGUCAAGCGUUGUGUUCAGAGUAAUAAAUGCUAAAACUAGUAUCUUAAAUUUACGCAGGAUCGGUCCAUUAGAAAUCAGUGUAUUGAAGCUUGGUGUGUUCAUCAUAAUACCAACAAGAAUUUCUUUCCAUUUUCUGAAACAAGUGAGAAAAUGUUUGAAUUUAUUGUAAAUCUGAAAAAAAUGUAUGAGGCAUUUUGAUUUUUAAGUUUUUUAAUUUCUGUUGCUGCGUUUGACUAUUAACUAUUUUAUUCUGGUGGAAAUUAAAACUUUAAUAUUCAAUUAUGUAACUGCAGUUUGAGAACCAUAUUGGAGAUACUUCAGUAACUGACAGCUAUAACAUUAUAGCACUCUACAAAGAAUAAAAAUGACACACACAAUUAGAGUGCCAAGCCAAAAUGAAAAUUACAUAAUAUUUUCUCACUAUUUAAACAACUAAAUGAACACACUGCAGUUCAAGCCUGUAAACUUCGGUAGCCUUUGAUUACAUUGUGAAAGUCCAUAUGAAGUUGUCCAAAGAAUUUUUUUAAAGUAUGGAUCAUAACUGAAACUUGAUUGAGUAGCAGGAGAGAGGGGGGUGUUAGUUUCUUACUCUCCCUGUGUUAGCUGUGGUAUUCUUGGAGGCCUCCACUAUUUUUUAAAUACAACUAAAUUUUCUUUACAUUAGUUGCUUUGAAUCCAAACCUUAAAGGCAGGAAAUUCAGAAUUGUUGUUUACAUUAAUUCCUGAACUCCUACCAUUGUGACCAAAAAAAGAAAUAACAAGAAAGAAGUAUAAGCCUCAGGUGUGUGUCUUGGCUUUUGUUGCUUUUUGUGUCACAAUCCUAAUCCCCUAUAGAAAUUAAUUGUAAUUAUAUUAAGAUUUUAUUUUUUCCCCUAGAAACCUUACCUAAAGCUGUAAAGACCACAUUAACAAUGUACAGUUAAUAUCUGGGCCUGUUUAAAAGCAAAAGGGUAUAAUACUGUAGUGGCUCCAUAAGCAUUGUAUAGUGAAUUAUAUUUCUGAAGAAAAAUUUAUUAUUUUACAUAUAACCUGCAAAGGACUUUAAAAAAAAUAGACUUAUGCCAUAUUUUGGUUCUUUCUGAGCCAUUAAAGCAUUUCAGAUCCUUUUACUGUUCAUUUUGGGAUUUAAAUUUUUUUUUCUAAGAAUAUGAGGACAGUCAACUGUGGCUUUUUUGGCUCUUGCGAUAGGACCUACUGGAUAUCAGAAGAUUGUUAAACCUCACUUUUUAAUUGAAGGGGCAGGGAUGUUGAAUCCAGUACAAAGAUGCCCUUUCUUCAAAAUAUUAAGUAGUCAUUGGACUUCAAAACUUUUAUUUUUAUUAAUUCCUUUUUAAAUGGUGUGAGUAAAAAUCUUCUAUCAAUCACUCCACUUUCACUCUCUUGACUUUGUUUUGCUAGUUCCAAUCAUUGUUCCUUUCCAAGCUAGCCAAAACCUGAAUUUCUAAUAUAAAAAACCUUAAAAAAAUAUCACCGCACACCACCUACCAAUGUUGAGAGCACCUUUAUACAUCAUAAAGAACCAAGAAAAAACUGAACAAGCCCAAUAAUUUGUUUCUUUUGCAGAUCAUCUUUUAAUUUCUCCUCCAAAUGCCAUGAUAGACUCUUGCCCCUGCAAAAUAUCAGUUCAUACUGUUUUAAAGUAAUUACAAGAGCUCUUAAAAAUGUUGGAAACCACAAACAAUUUUGGAAUUUUUAUAAUUUCAAAACAGCCUAAUUGACUUUUUUGUAAAUUUUUUCUUAUAGUUUGAGAUCUUGUAUGGUCAGUUUAAACUUGGCAUGAAUGUUUUUGGUGGAGUUAACCCCAGCAGUUACAGGUUUAUAGAGACUGUUGACAGGGUCUUAACUAAAGUUGUGUGAAUAUUGAGGCUAUAAUCCAUUAUCAUUCUUUAUAAAAGUGAUUGUAAUUGAGUUCUCAAAUAUACUUUAUGCAAUAUAUGAUAAAUAUAAAUACUUAGGGCCUGAUCCUGUGAGGUGCUGAACACACCUUGAAAGAUGUUGAGUACAUUACUGAAAUCCAGUGAAAGGUGAGAGCUCUCAGCACCUUGCAAUAUUGUGCUCUUGGAGACUAGUCCUUUUCCUGUUGACAUCAGUGGAAGUUAGAUUUGAACGGGAACUCGUUUGCGACCUUCAUACUGUGUGAAGGGUCUAUUCUGUGCAGUAUGUACUCAAAAUUUAAUUUUUACUUGUCUUUUCCACACAAAUGUGCAUGACUUUUGUCCAGCAUAUAUAUUGUAUUAAAUACACAUCUUAUUUUUGUGUAUAUAUUUUUUUAUGGUAUACUAACACUUGCAUUCAUAUAAAUGGUUGUAAUUCACAAAAAGUGCCACCUAUUAGUCAUACUGUGUGCAGAGUGUUGUGAAUGUUGUUACCUGUAUUUUUCCCUACACCAUUGGGCAUAGUGUUGAACAUUUGCCUUCAGUCUUUGCUCAGGUAUUGAUGUGAAGCAGUUUAGUGCUUUUCUUUCUAAAUUGUUAUAUGUGGUAUUCUAAGUAUUCGGAAGGUAAAAUAAAAAGAAAAUAAAAACAGUGAA